CGUUCGGCGCAGAUAUCAUAGCAAUUAUCGUCUAUGCACGAAUAUUGAUAUUGGGACGGGAAGGGUUCACUCAUACCGAUAGUGUGUAAUAUGUAAACAUUAUUUAUCUCGCACAACUUAGAAACGACAUGGGAAAUGUUGUGAAUCGACCUUUAUUCGAUAGAUUACCAUUACUGCAUAUCAUCACCGUCGAGUUUUCAUCUUUUGAUUUGACGUUCCAUCUUUGAAAUAUUGCCAAAAUGUUUUUUCUACUAAUGACGCCACGUUUCGUGGAUCCAAACGAUCCUUUGAGAAUAUUGUUCGACUGUCUCUUUCGUCUUUUUAUUAUUUUUAUAUUUUUUAAAUAUUUCUUUCCAAUUUGGAAGUUAAAAUAAUUAGAAUUCGAUCACAAACGUAAAGGCAAUCGUUUAAAUGACGACAAUCGUCCCUGUAUAAAAACAGAAUUUACUGUUGCCAAACUUAUAUGUCGUAUAUAUGUGUUAUGUGCUAUCAUGUGUACAUUACUGAGGCAACAUUGCAAGUUUAUGUUCUAUCGUAACAAAAGAAACUCGUCCGAAAAAGAGAUAUAGCAUGCUAUGAAAAUUUUGUGUCAAGUCUCAAAUAUGGAUUACAAAAAGAAAAAUAUACAUUCCAAAAAUAUCUAUUCACGGAUAGAUGUUACGAAGAAAAGUCAUAUUGAUCACUGUUCUACUGCUACUACAAUGCUAUCUGUUGUACAUAAUAAUCCAAUUAUGUUAGAUAAAAAUUAUGAUACUAGAAAAGAAACUGAUAUAUACAAUGAUAAAUCAAACUCUUGUGACUUAUCAAGAGAAAGUUCAGAAGUACUUUGUGUUUGUGAUGCGCAAUUUGGAACUGUUUUAAAAAGAUUGUCAAAUCUGCGACACAAUCAUGGCUGAAGACUUAGUACCGCAAACCAAAUUUAUAAAACCAGGUAGUCAUAAAGGUAAAGGCCUAGCUGUCUUUACCAGUGGUGGUGAUUCACAAGGUAUGAAUGCCGCAGUAAGGGCAGUUGUGAGAAUGGGUAUAUAUUUGGGUUGCAAAGUUUUCUUUAUCAAAGAAGGUUAUCAAGGUAUGGUUGAUGGUGGAAGUAAUAUAGUAGAAGCAACUUGGUCGUCCGUAUCAUGUAUUAUUCAUAGGGGUGGUACAAUGAUAGGAUCUGCUAGAUGUCAAGAAUUCAGAGAACAUGCUGGUCGUUUAAGAGCAGCUAAAAAUUUAGUAACAAACGGAAUAUCCAAUUUAGUUGUUAUUGGAGGUGAUGGUUCUCUAACUGGCGCAAAUCUUUUCAAAGAAGAAUGGGCUGACCUUUUGAAGGAACUUGCAGCAAAGGGUGAAAUAACAUCUGAACAAAGUGAAAAGUACAAAUGCUUACAUAUUGUUGGUAUGGUGGGUUCCAUUGAUAAUGAUUUUUGCGGAACUGAUAUGACUAUUGGAACGGACUCUGCAUUACAUCGUAUUAUAGAAAGUAUUGAUGCUAUUGUUAGCACAGCUUAUUCUCACCAACGUACGUUUAUAAUGGAAGUUAUGGGGAGACAUUGUGGGUAUCUGGCCAUUGUGGGUGCUCUAGCUGCAGAGGCAGACUAUGUUUUCUUCCCAGAAUGUCCACCUCCCAUCGACUGGCCUGAAAAAUUAUGUAAAAAGUUGGAACAGGAACGUCUUACUGGACAACGAUUGAAUAUUAUUAUUGUAGCUGAAGGUGCUGUAGAUAGGAACGGCGAUCCUAUUACUGCUGCAAAAGUACAUAAAGUUGUUGUUGAUAAAUUACAACAAGAUACCAGGAUCACUGUGUUGGGUCAUGUCCAAAGAGGUGGUAAUCCAUCUGCUUUUGAUAGAGUGUUGGGGUGCAGAAUGGGUGCUGAAGCUGUAAUGGCAUUAAUGGAAGCAACGCCUGAAACAGAAGCUUGCGUUGUUACAUUGGAUGGAAAUCAAGCUGUUAGAUUACCACUAAUGGAAUGUGUACGUCGUACGAAGGCCGUAGCUAAAGCUAUGGCAGAUAAAAAUUGGGAUCUUGCAGUCAAACUUCGGGGAAAAGGUUUCGCCCGUAACUUGGAAACAUACAAAAUGUUGACUCGAUUGAAAGCACCUGCAGAUUAUGAUGCAAAGGAAAUGAAUGGUCCUACAUUAACAAAGCAAUUCACUCUAUGUGGACAAGAUCAUCAUACAGUAGCUGUAAUGCAUAUUGGUUCACCUUCUUGUGGUAUGAACGCUGCAGUACGUUCUUUUGUACGAAAUUGUAUCUAUAGAGGUGAUAAGGUCUAUGGAGUCUAUGAUGGUAUACUGGGUCUUAUGUCUGGAAAGUUUAAAUUAAUGGAUUGGCCCUCUGUAACAGGAUGGGUAUCACAAGGUGGUGCUUACUUAGGAACAAAACGUACUCCUCCGAAAGAUGAUCAAUUACCUCAAAUAGCUCAAAAAUUAAAAGAAUUUGGAAUCCAGGCUUUACUUAUUAUAGGUGGAUUCGAGGGUUAUCAAACAGGACUUACAUUCUAUAAUGCAAGAGACAAAUUUGAAGAAUUUAGAAUUCCUAUUGCUAUGAUACCUGCUACUAUCAGUAACAAUGUUCCUGGGACAGAAUUUUCUUUAGGUUGCGAUACUGCUUUAAACGAAAUUACUGAGAUUUGUGACCGCAUUCGUCAAUCAGCACAAGGUACUAAACGUCGUGUAUUUAUCAUCGAGACAAUGGGUGGUUAUUGCGGUUAUUUAGCGACUGUAGCAGGAUUGGCCGGUGGUGCUGAUGCAGCUUAUAUCUUUGAGGAAAAAUUCAAUAUUAAGGAUUUAAAUCAGGAUGUAAUAGCAAUGGCUGCAAAAAUGUCGGAAGGUGUGCAGAGAGGUCUUAUUCUUAGAAAUGAAAAUGCUAAUUUGAAUUAUAAUACUGAUUUCAUGCAAAGACUGUUUAGUGAGGAAGGAAAAGGAUUGUUCAGUUGUAGGAUGAAUAUAAUUGGUCACAUGCAACAAGGUGGUUCGCCAACUCCUUUUGAUCGUAACUUGGGUACUAAAAUGGGUUCUAAAGCUGUUGAAUGGUUUAGCGAGCAAUUUAAAAAAUGUACUAAUGCGGAAGGACGUACGGUCACAACGGAUCCAACUAGUGCAGUAAUGUUAGGUAUCGUUAGAAGACAGUACAGGUUCACACCUUUCAAAGAUCUCAUGGAAGUUACUGAUUUCGAGCAUCGCAUUCCGACGUAUCAAUGGUGGAUGAAACUACGACCAUUGCUGAAAGUUUUAGCGAAGCACGAAUCUACGUACGAAGAAGAAGGUCUAUACAUAACUGUAGAAGAAAUGGAUCUUGAUAAUGAUGCGCCUCUUGUGUAAUUUAUACACAUCAAUACCUGGUACCUAACUGAAGGUAAUGUGUCUAUGAUUGCACACAUUGAUUGUGUGCAAAAUAGGUUUUAAUAAAUAUUUGCAGUAUUGCGUUAUAUUAGAAUAUUCGCGUUUGAUUGCUUAAUAUGAAAAGAAAAGAGGAAAUAGAAUUUUAGUUAAUACUUUUCAAUAAAUAAGAAACACAAGAUUCAAUCCUAAAUGUAUUAUCAUUACACAAACAGUAACACAAAAGUUUUAUAAAAAAGAAAAAAAAAAAACUCUUAUAAUACUAAUGCACUUCUCUCUGUAGUUAUAUAUUGGUAAGCCGAAAACGUAACAAAGAAGAAAGAAAAAAGCUGAAAAUGUGAAUACUUAAAAUAAACUGCAUAUUAUAAAAAGA